AUGUCUUCUGAUAAUAGAACUGAACAUAAUGAGUCAAAAACGGCUGAACAAAUUGAAGCAUUACGUGAUUUAAAUUCAACAUAUGUUCAUCCAGUAAAAUGUUCCUAUCAAACAAAUUCAAAAAAACUUGUUCAAAAGAAAAACCUAAUAUCAGUUAUUAAACAGCGUGAAAUGGGUUUAAUUAAUUUUCAUCGAUAUCCAGAUGCACGAUAUCGUGAAGUCAUCGCAACAAUGGCAAGACCAACAUUUUGUGGACAAUUUUCCGAAGAUGGACAACGUUUUUUAAGUGCUUGCCAAGAUUAUCGUAUUCGUUUUUAUGAUACAACAUCAUCAAAAACAUUUCCACGAUUGGCUGAAAUUACAGUUGAUGAUGUCGGGUGGUCCAUAUUAGAUACAGCUUUAUCACCUAAUCGAAAGGAUGUUGUUUAUUCAACAUGGUCAGAUUGCAUUUAUUUAGUAAAAUUGACUGAUAAUGAACAUGAAUCAAGUAUUAUUCCAUUGAAUUUACAUCCAGAAUCACAUAGUUUCUCAAUAUUUUCUUUACAAUAUUCUGUUGAUGGGUCAGAAAUUAUUGGUGGUUCGAAUGAUACUUGUGUAUAUGUUUAUGAUCUUCAUAAACAACAACGAACAUUACGUGUUCAAGCACAUGGAGAUGAUAUAAAUGCUGUUCGUUUUAUUGAUAAUUCCAAUUCAUUAAUAGUCAGUGGUUCUGAUGAUAAUCUUAUUUUAGUUUGGGAUCGACGAGCAUUGAAUGAAUCACAACCAAAACCCGUUGGUACAUUUGCUGGUCAUACAAAUGGAAUUACUUUUAUACAUAGUCGCAUGGAUACAAGAUAUUUAAUUUCAAACAGUAAAGAUCAAAGUAUUAAAUUAUGGGAUAUGCGUCGUUUUGCAAAUGAAGCAACAAUACAAAAAAGUUAUACUAUAUCAAAUAAUAUUAAUAAUAGUUGGGAUUAUCGAUAUGAUGCCUAUGGACCACGACCUCAAAGAUUUGAUUUACCAGGUGAUCCGAGUGUUCGUACAUAUCGUGGUCAUUCUGUUGGUUAUACAUUAAUACGUUGUUAUUUUUCACCAGCAUUUACAACUGGACAAAGAUAUAUUAUAACCGGUUCUUCGGACGGUUGUAUUCAUAUCUAUGAUAUUCUUACUGGUUCCACGGAAUUAUGUCUUCGUGUUAGUCAUGAUCCUGAUGAAAGUCGUGAAAGAUGUGUACGAGAUGUAUCUUGGCAUCCAUAUGAAAAUUAUAUUAUAUCAACAUCGUGGGAUAGCUAUCGAGCACAUGUACGUUGGACACAUUCAUUUGAUGAAUCUAUAGAUUCAAAAUUAUCUGCUUCAUCUGAUCCAAAAAUUAUUUCUGUUAAAACACCACAUUUAUUACCAAAUAGACGUCCAACAACAUUACGUAGAUUAUUAAUUCAACAGUUUUAUGGUGAUAAUCUUGAUGAUAACAGUGAUAAUGAUGAUGAUGACGAAGACGAUUUGACUUUACCAGAAUAA